AUGACAUCCGUUCUGCGCCACAGGCGCUUUCAGGCUGUCUUGAUUCCGGCAGCGCUCAUCGUCACUGGCCUCGUCUACCUCGUCAGCCAGAACCACUACCAAAUCCGGAACGCGCUGUCGUACGCCACGCGGCCCCUAUGGGACACAGCAGACGGCCCGAGGGAUAUCAUACCGCAUUAUUACGCCGACGGACUCGGGUACGACGAGCACACGUGCAGGUUGCACGGGUGGGAGCAACGGGGUAGUGAGGAGAGGAGAGAAAUGAGGGUGCUGGACGCGGUGCUGAUGAGCAGCGAGCUGGAUCUGCUGGAGAUCAGGCUCAACGAGCUGGACGGCGUCGUCGAUCGCUUCUUCAUCCUCGAGAGCAACGCGACCUUCACGGGACUGCCCAAGGAGACGUACUUCGCCAACAACCGAGAGCGCUUCGCACGGUUCAGCCACAAGAUCGAGUACAGGCGGAUCGACGGCCACCCUCUCGCACAAGGACAGACAGCAUGGGACGUCGAACGCGACACGCGCAACACGAUGACGGAGCUCAUACGCGCGCACAUCAAUACUCUACCCCCACAAACGCCCGCUCUAGUCCUGAUGUCCGACAUGGACGAGAUCCCGUCCCAGCACACAGUCUCCCUGCUUAAAUCAUGCCACUUCGGACCCUCAAUCCACCUCCAGCUCCGCAACUACCUCUACAGCUUCGAGUGGUUCCUCGGCUUCACAUCCUGGCGCGCUCAGGCGCAUAUCUGGGAUAACUCCAAGUCUUACUACCGGCACUCGAUGAGCGGGGACAGGGCCCUGGCGGAUGCGGGAUGGCACUGUUCGUACUGCUUCAGGACGAUCGAGGAGUAUACGAUCAAGAUGAAGGGGUUCUCGCAUUCGGAUAGGAUUGGGGGGCGGUUGGAGUUGUUGGAUCCGGGGAGGAUACAGAAGACGAUAUGUCAGGGGGCGGAUAUAUUCGGGAUGCUCCCGGAGGCUUAUAACUACGUGGACUUGCUACAGCAGAUGAGCUUGGAGCCACAACGAACAGGCGUCGGGCUACCACGCUAUGUCGUGCAAGAAUCGGAGAAGUUCAGGUUCUUGUUACCGGGAGGAUGUCUGCGCAAUUGA